CGGAGGACAAACCCACGCUUUCAUUCUCUACCUCCCUCCAUCUCUCCCUCUCUUCAUCAGUUUCCUGCCCUCUGUCUCUCCCUCGCUCUCUGCUCCGCUCUUUCAUUGUGCUGGUUCCUCAGGCGGGGACGUGUGUGUGCGUUUGAGCGGAGAAUGGGCGGAGGGUUCCUGAACGGAGGGAAGGUGUGAAAUCUGAAGACACUGACGGAUGGAUGGAGAGAAAACAGAAGCAUGAUGCUGCCGCCGCUGUCGCCGCGGUGCGUUUGCUGAGCCAGCGAUUUCUGGUGCCACACUGGUGAAACACAGAAAGAGAGAGAGAGAGAGAGAGGGACUGCAGUUCACCUCCUGUGUUUCUCGCCCUCUCCGUUAUCAGUCCUGCUGUCCUGGAAGUGUAUAGGAAGAUAUUUAGACUGCAGCUGAACCCGGGAUUAUUCCUCUGCAGCAUUACGAGCUGUUGUGCUUUUGAAAUUCAGGUUUAAAUAAUUUGAGAUUAGUUUAUCCUCUUAAAAACUCAUUGAUUCAUCUGGAGGCUGAAGUGUUUUCUCCUGGACACAGCCGGGUCCUGUUGAAACUUGAGCUUUGCGUUGUUGCAGAGACACUCACACUCAGGUUUCCUCUCUUGAAGACAAUUACAUUCAACUGUAAGCUGUUUCAUUCGGUUGGACAUUCAGAAACUGCUUGGCGGAGCGUCUCCUCGAUGCCUCUGUGGACUUGUCUCGCCUAAAUCUCGCAGCGUCUUCUUUGGAGUUUCAUUAUGGAGCUUCAGAGCGCCACCAGCAGCCUCCCCGGUCCCCUUUCCCCCAGCCCACUCUCCCCAAACUCAGACUACGCCGGCCCCCUGUCUCCUUCAUCUGGCGGCCCCGGCCCAUCACACGCCACCAGCCCCGGCCGGGGUCCGAGCCCGAGCCUCAGCCCUAUCAGGGUGCCCAGCCCUGGCCCUGGAUUCUCUGGCCAGGCUGCCUUCAACUACAACCAGCUGGAGGGAAGGUUCAAACAGCUUCAAGAUGAGCGUGAAGCGGUGCAGAAGAAAACCUUCACUAAGUGGGUGAACUCCCACCUGUCCAGAGUCUCCUGUCGGAUCACCGACCUCUACAUGGACCUGAGGGACGGACGUAUGCUCAUCAAGCUGCUGGAGGUCCUGUCAGGAGAGAGACUGCCCAAACCCACCAAGGGCCGGAUGCGGAUCCACUGUCUAGAGAAUGUGGACAAGGCUCUGCAGUUCCUGAAGGAGCAGAGGGUUCACCUGGAGAACAUGGGCUCCCACGACAUCGUAGACGGAAACCACCGCCUCACCCUGGGCCUCAUCUGGACCAUCAUCCUCCGCUUCCAGAUCCAGGACAUCAGCGUGGAGACGGAGGACAACAAGGAGAAGAAGUCGGCUAAAGAUGCUCUGCUGCUCUGGUGUCAGAUGAAGACGGCAGGAUAUCCAAACGUCAACAUCCACAACUUCACCACCAGCUGGAGAGAUGGGAUGGCCUUUAACGCUCUCAUCCACAAACACAGGCCAGACCUGAUCGACUUUGACAAGCUGAAGAAAUCAAACGCUCACUACAACCUGCAGAAUGCCUUCAACCUGGCCGAGCAGCACCUGGGCCUCACCAAGCUGCUGGACCCCGAGGACAUCAGUGUGGACCACCCUGAUGAAAAGUCCAUCAUCACCUACGUUGUGACCUAUUACCACUACUUCUCCAAGAUGAAGGCUCUGAAGGUCGAGGGAAAGAGAAUCGGCAAGGUUCUGGACAACGCCAUCGAGACAGAGAAGAUGAUUGAGAAGUACGAGUCUCUGGCGUCCGACCUGCUGGAGUGGAUCGAACAGACCAUCAUCAUCCUCAACAACAGGAAGUUCGCCAACUCUCUGGUGGGAGUCCAGCAACAGCUGCAGGCCUUCAACACAUACCGCACCGUGGAGAAACCACCAAAGUUCACAGAGAAAGGAAACCUGGAAGUUCUUCUGUUCACCAUCCAGAGUAAGAUGAGAGCCAACAACCAGAAGGUUUACACUCCACGCGAAGGCAAACUCAUCUCUGACAUCAACAAGGCGUGGGAGCGUCUGGAGAAGGCGGAGCAUGAGCGGGAGCUGGCUCUGAGGACGGAGCUGAUUCGUCAGGAGAAACUGGAGCAGCUCGCCCGACGAUUCGACCGCAAAGCCGCCAUGAGGGAGACCUGGCUGAGUGAGAACCAGAGGCUGGUCUCCCAGGAUAACUUUGGAUUUGACCUCCAGGCCGUGGAAGCUGCAACUAAGAAACACGAGGCCAUAGAAACAGACAUUGCAGCCUAUGAGGAGCGAGUUCAGGCAGUGGUUGCCGUGGCGAGGGAGCUGGAGGCGGAGAGUUACCAUGACAUUAAACGCAUCACAGCCAGGAAGGACAACGUGAUCCGGCUGUGGGAGUACCUGCUGGAGCUGCUGAAGGCCCGCCGGCAGAGACUGGAGCUGAACCUGGGCCUGCAGAGAGUCUUCCAGGAGAUGCUGUACAUCAUGGACUGGAUGGACGAGAUGAAGAUGCUGCUGCUCUCUCAGGAUUAUGGGAAACACCUGCUGGGGGUGGAGGACCUGCUGCAGAAACACGCUCUGGUGGAGGCCGACGUCGGCAUCCAGGCCGACAGAGUCCGAACCGUCAACAGCAACGCCCAGAAGUUCGCCAGCGACACAGAGGGUUAUAAGCCCUGUGAUCCACAGAUCAUCAGGGAUCGAGUCGCUCACCUGGAGUUCUGUUACCAGGAGCUGAGUCAGCUGGCGGCCGAGCGCCGAGCUCGCCUCGAGGAGUCCCGUCGCCUCUGGAAGUUCUUCUGGGAAAUGGCCGAGGAGGAGGGAUGGAUCAGGGAGAAGGAGCAGAUCCUGUCCUCCGAGGAUUAUGGGAAGGAUCUGACGGGGGCGUUGCGUCUGCUGAGUCAGCACAAAGCCUUCGAAGACGAGAUGAGCGGGCGAGCUGCCCAUUUACAGCAGACCAUCAAACAGGGCGAGGAGCUCGUGGCCGACAACCACUUUGGAGCGGAUAAGAUCAAAGAACGAAUCCAGGACAUCCAGGAGCAGUGGGCGGCUCUGGAGCGUCUUUCUGCCGUCCGUAAAGCUCGUCUGCAGGAGGCCUGCAACCAGCACCAGUUCCAGGCCGACGCUGACGACAUCGACACGUGGAUGCUGGACGUGCUUCGGAUCGUCUCCAGCGUGGACGUCGGCCACGACGAGUUCUCCACUCAGGCUCUGGUGAAGAAACACAAGGACGUGGCCGAGGAGAUCGCCAGCUACCGGCCCGUCAUCGACGCUCUGCACGAACAGUCCCGCACGCUGCCGCCCGAGAAGGCCGACUCUGAUGAGGUUCAAAGCCGGCUGGCGGGCAUCGAGGAGCGUUAUAAGGAGGUGGCAGAGCUGACGCGGCUCAGGAAGCAGGCGCUGCAGGACGCUCUGGCGCUCUACAAGAUGCUGAGCGAAGCCAACGCCUGCGAGGUUUGGAUCGACGAGAAGGAGCAGUGGCUCAACAGCAUGGAGAUCCCCGAGAAACUGGAGGACCUGGAGGUGGUGCAGCACCGGUUUGAGAAUUUGGAGCCGGAGAUGAACAACCAGGCGUCCCGGGUUGCCGUGGUGAACCAGGUUGCCAGGCAGCUGAUCCACAGUGGACAUCCCAGUGAGAAGGAGAUCAAGGCCCAGCAGGACAAACUCAACACCAGGUGGAGUCAGUUCAGAGACCUGGUGGACCAGAAGAAGGACAGUCUGAACUCGGCCUUGGGCGUCCAGAACUACCACCUGGAGUGUAACGAGACCAAGUCCUGGAUCAAAGAGAAGACGAAGGUGAUCGAGUCGACCCAGGAGCUGGGUAACGACCUGGCUGGCGUCAUGGCUCUGCAGAGGAAGCUGACGGGGAUGGAGCGCGACCUGGCCGCCAUCGAAGACAAGCUGGGUGACCUGGGAAAAGAGGCGGACCGUUUGGCCUCCGAGCACCCGGAGCAGUCUGAGGCCAUCAAAGGACGUCUGGCUGAGAUCACCGGCGUCUGGGACGAGAUGAAGGACACCAUGAAGAACCGGGAGGAGUCCCUGGGCGAGGCCAGCAAGCUGCAGCAGUUCCUGCGCGACCUGGACGACUUCCAGUCGUGGCUGUCGCGGACGCAGACGGCCAUCGCCUCCGAGGACAUGCCCAACACGCUGGCCGAGGCCGAGAAGCUGCUGGCCCAGCACGAGGGCAUCAAGAAUGAGAUCCGCAACUACGAGGAAGACUACCAGAAGAUGCGGGACAUGGGCGAGAUGGUGACGCAGGGCCAGACCGACGCGCAGUACAUGUUCCUGCGACAGCGGCUGCAGGCGCUCGACACCGGCUGGAACGAGCUGCACAAGAUGUGGGAGAACCGACAGAACCUGCUGUCCCAGUCCCACGCUUACCAGCUGUUCCUCAGGGACACCAAGCAGGCCGAGGCCUUCCUCAACAACCAGGAGUACGUCCUGGCUCACACUGAGAUGCCCUCCACUCUGGAGGGGGCCGAGGCCGCCAUUAAGAAGCAGGAGGACUUCAUGACCACCAUGGACGCCAACGAAGAGAAGAUCAGCGGCGUGGUGGACACGGGCCGCCGUCUGGUGGCUGAUGGCAACAUCAACGCCGAGCGCAUCCAGGAGAAGGUGGACUCAAUCGACCAAAGACACAAGAAGAACCGAGCAGCUGCCAGUGACCUGCUGAUGAGGCUGAAGGACAACAGGGACCUGCAGAAGUUCUUGCAGGACUGCCAGGAGCUGUCGCUGUGGAUCAACGAGAAGAUGCUGACGGCUCAGGACAUGUCGUACGACGAGGCCAGAAAUCUCCACAGCAAGUGGCUCAAACACCAGGCCUUCAUGGCCGAGCUGCAGUCCAACAAGGAGUGGCUGGACAAGAUCGACAAGGAUGGACAGACGCUGAUGGCAGAGAAGCCGGAGACAGAGGCCAUGGUUAAAGAGAAGCUGACGUCCCUGAAGACGAUGUGGGAGGACCUGGAGUCCACCACCCAGACCAAGGCCAAGUGUCUGUUUGACGCUAACAAGGCCGAGCUGUUCACCCAAAGCUGCGCAGACCUCGACAAGUGGCUGGCCAGCCUGGAGGGUCAGCUGCAGUCCGACGACUACGGCAAAGACCUCACCUCCGUCAACAUCCUGCUCAAGAAGCAGCAGAUCCUGGAGAGCCAGGUGGAGGUGCGUCAGAAGGAGGUGGAGGAGCUGCAGAGCCAGUCACAGGCUCUCAGUCAGGAGGGGAAAGGCUCGGAGGAAGUGGACGGUCAGAGGAUCAGCGUGGAGACCAAGUUCCAGUCCCUCCAGGCACCGCUGAAGAAGAGACGAGACAACCUCAUGGCCUCCCGGGAGAUCCACCAGUUCAACAGGGACGUGGAGGACGAGAUCCUCUGGGUUGAGGAGAGGAUGCCUUUGGCCACGUCGACCGACCACGGACACAACCUGCAGACUGUACAGCUGCUCAUCAAGAAGAACCAGACCCUGCAGAAGGAGAUCCAGGGCCACCAGCCUCGCUACGACGACAUCUUCGAGCGCAGCCAGCACAUCCUGAGGGAGGACAGCCCGACGGCCGAGCUGAUUCGCCAGCGCCUCGCCGAGCUCCAGUCGCUAUGGGAACAGAUCAAGAAGGAGACGGAGAAUCGUCACUCCCGCCUCAGCGAGGCCCACGAGGCCCAGCAGUACUACUUCGACGCCGCAGAGGCCGAGGCCUGGAUGAGCGAACAGGAGCUCUACAUGAUGUCAGAGGAGAAGGCCAAGGACGAGCAGAGUUCGGUGGCCAUGCUGAAGAAGCAUCAGAUCCUGGAGCAGGCGGUGGAGGAUUAUGCCGACACCGUCCACCAGCUUUCCAGCACCAGCCGGGGCCUGGUGGCUGCCGGACACCCCGACAGCGAGAGAAUCGGGAUGCGUCAGUCUCAGGUGGAUAAGCUGUACGCCGGCCUGAAGGAUUUGGCGGAGGAGCGUCGGGGGAAGCUGGACGAGCGUUUCCGUCUCUUCCAGCUCAACAGGGAGGUGGACGACCUGGAGCAGUGGAUCGCGGAGAGGGAGGUGGUGGCCGGAUCCCACGAGCUGGGACAGGACUACGAACACGUCACUAUGCUGCAGGAGCGUUUCAGAGAAUUUGCCCGUGACACCGGGAACAUUGGCCAGGAGCGCGUGGAUGCCGUCAACCGCCUGGCGGACGAGCUGAUCAACAGCGGCCACGGCGACGCCGCCACCAUCGCAGAGUGGAAGGACGGCCUGAACGAGGCCUGGGCCGACCUGCUGGAGCUCAUCGACACCCGGACGCAGAUCCUCGCGGCCUCCUACGAGCUCCACAAGUUCUACCACGACGCCAAGGAGAUCCUCAACCGCAUCCUGGACAAACACAAGAAGCUUCCUGAGGAGCUGGGCCGGGACCAGAACACAGUGGAGACCCUGCAGAGGAUGCACACCACCUUCGAACACGACAUUCAGGCUCUGGGAACACAGGUGCGGCAGCUUCAGGAGGACGCCGUUCGCCUGCAGUCGGCUUACGCUGGAGACAAAGCUGACGACAUUCAGAAGAGAGAAGGAGAGGUUCUGGAGGCCUGGAAGAACCUGCUGGAGGCGGUGGAGGGCCGGCGGGUGAAGCUGGUCGACACCGGAGACAAGUUCCGCUUCUUCAGCAUGGUGCGCGACCUGAUGCUGUGGAUGGAGGACGUCAUCCGCCUGAUCGAGGCCCAGGAGAAGCCCAGGGACGUGUCGUCGGUGGAGCUGCUGAUGAACAACCACCAGGGCAUCAAGGCGGAGAUCGACGCCCGCAACGACAGCUUCACAGCCUGCAUCGAGCUGGGCAAAGCCCUGCUGGCCAGGAAGCACUACUCUUCAGAGGAGAUUAAAGAAAAGUUGUUACAGUUGACUGACAAGAGGAAAGACAUGAUUGACAAGUGGGAGGACAGAUGGGAGUGGCUAAGACUUGUCCUGGAGGUGCACCAGUUCUCCCGGGACGCAGGUGUGGCUGAGGCGUGGCUGCUGGGCCAGGAGCCCUACCUGUCCAGCAGGGAGAUCGGGCAGAGCGUGGACGAGGUGGAGAAACUCAUCAAACGCCACGAGGCCUUCGAGAAGUCGGCCGCCACCUGGGAGGAACGCUUCGCCGCGCUGGAGAGGCUGACCACGAUGGAGUUAUUGGAAGUGAGAAGAAGGCAAGAGGAAGAAGAGAGGAGGAGACAACCCCCGCCCACUGAGGCUCAGCCUGCCGACGCUGCGGCACAGAACAGGGAGGGUGAGCCGGCGUCUCAGAACGGGCUGCCGUCCGAUCAGGAGUCUCCCAGGGACAACGUGGACGGGGGCGAGGUGGUGAACGGGGUGUCGGAGCCCAGCCCGGCGGGGUCUCCCGGGGCCGCUCGCAAGGGCAAGGCCAGCCAGGCAGCGACCCUGCCGGCCAAGACCCAGCAGGACGCUCCCACGCCCCAGAUGGAGGGCUUCCUGCACCGCAAACACGAGUGGGAGGGGCACAACAAGAAGGCUUCGAGCAGGUCGUGGCACAAUGUGUACUGUGUGAUCAACCAGCAGGAAAUGGG